AGGGAGCACAGAUGGAGUGAGUCAGUCCAAGCUGCUCAACCUGUUAAAUGUCUUGUCUUUGCUAACUGGAGUAUAAGCUUAGGAACAAAAGUAGGACUUGUCUAUGUUUGUAAUGGGAUUGCAGACAGCGUGUUUUGUAAUGUGAUAGAUGGAUCUGACUUCCUAAAUUACUGGCAGGCUUAAUUUACGUAACAAAUGAAUGUUCCACCUUUUUUUUUUUUUUAACCUUUGAAAGGGGAAAUUAGUACGCUGCUGUCAAGUAGCUUUUCUCACAUACUGUAUAGGGAGUGAAAUGAUUGUUUAGAACUGGUGGUCAUUACGGAAUAUUCCUCACAUAACAAAGGAACUUCAGGAUUUGUCUCCAAGUCCAUGUUUAUGGUCAGGAUAAACCGGAAGAACAUUAAACCGUUCAGGAGAUGUGCGGCGGCACAGCGAAGACCACAAACCAGCCGGAGAGCUGGCAAGACUCUGCCAGAUGUGUGAAUGACGCUGUACCUGGUGCUGGGAGGAUUUACAGGGCGCUUUUAUGCACAAAGAUUAAAAAACACACCAGGGUAGACAGGAGCACUGACCACACGGAACUCGACAACAGUUGGUCAUGUUCGGAGUUUGACCUGAAUGAGAUUCGUCUGAUAGUUUACCAGGACUGUGACAGGAGAGGCAGACAAGUCUUGUUUGACUCUAAAGCUGUUCAAAAGAUUGAGGAGAUGACAGCUCAGAAAACAGAGGAUGUUCCUAUUAAAAUAUCAGCCAAGUGCUGCCAGGGAAGCAGCAGUGUCAGCAGCAGUAGCAGCAGCAGCAUCUCUUCCCACAUUUCUUCUGGGGGAUCUUCACACCAUGCUAAGGAACAGCUUCCGAAGUACCAGUACACAAGACCAGCUUCCGAUGUCAACAUGUUAGGGGAAAUGAUGUUUGGCUCAGUUGCCAUGAGUUACAAAGGCUCUACCUUAAAGAUACACUACAUACGUUCUCCUCCACAACUGAUGAUUAGUAAAGUCUUCUCUGCUAGAAUGGGCAGCUUCUGUGGAAGUACAAACAACUUGCAAGACAGCUUUGAGUACAUCAACCAAGAUCCUAAUUUGGGAAAACUGAACGCAAAUCAGAAUAGUUUGGGUCCUUGUCGUACUGGAAGUAACCUAGGUCUGCUGCAAGCAUGCAGCAGCAAACUGCUGCAGGGGGUAGCUGAAGGAGGACCUCUCCGGCUCACCCGGAGUGCUUCUUUCUUUGCAGCACACAGCACACCAGUUGAUAUGCCAAGCAGAGGACAGAAUGAAGACAGGGACAGUGGCAUUGCUCGAUCAGCCUCACUAAGCAGUCUUUUGAUCACACCUUUCCCAUCUCCAAGCUCCUCUACAUCUUCUUCCAGCAGUUACCAGCGCCGCUGGCUUCGAAGUCAGACAACAAGUUUGGAAAAUGGCAUCAUUCCAAGAAGGUCAACUGAUGAGACAUUCAGCUUGGCUGAAGAAACCUGUAGUUCUAAUCCAGCUAUGGUUAGGAGGAAGAAAAUUGCCAUAAGCAUCAUCUUUUCCCUAUGUGAGAAAGAAGAAGCACAAAGGAAUUUCCAGGACUUCUUCUUUUCUCAUUUUCCCCUGUUUGAAUCUCACAUGAACAGGCUGAAGAGUGCAAUUGAAAAGGCUAUGAUCUCCUGUAGAAAAAUAGCAGAAUCAAGUCUCCGAGUCCAGUUUUAUGUCAGCCGUUUGAUGGAAGCUCUGGGAGAAUUCAGAGGAACUAUCUGGAACUUAUAUUCUGUUCCAAGGAUAGCUGAACCUGUAUGGCUUACUAUGAUGUCCGGCACUUUGGAAAAAAACCAGCUCUGCCAGCGCUUUCUCAAGGAGUUUACACUUCUGAUAGAACAGAUCAAUAAAAACCAGUUUUUUGCUGCCUUACUGACUGCAGUGUUAACCUACCACCUGGCCUGGGUCCCAACUGUCAUGCCUGUGGAUCACCCUCCCAUUAAAGCCUUCUCAGAGAAACGUACCUCCCAGUCAGUGAACAUGCUGGCCAAAACACAUCCAUAUAAUCCUCUCUGGGCACAGCUGGGUGAUCUUUACGGAGCCAUAGGCUCUCCAGUGAGACUGACUCGCACCGUAGUGGUAGGGAAGCAGAAGGACUUGGUCCAGCGAAUACUUUAUGUCCUGACCUACUUUCUCCGUUGCUCUGAGCUACAAGAGAACCAGCUGACCUGGAGUGGCAAUCAUGGUGAAGGUGACCAAGUUUUAAAUGGGAGCAAGAUCAUAACAGCCUUGGAGAAAGGAGAGGUGGAGGAGUCUGAGUAUGUGGUCGUUACGGUGAGGAAUGAGCCCGCUCUUGUACCCCCCAUCCUACCACCAACAGCAGCUGAGAGACACAACCCCUGGCCGGCAGGGUUUCCUGAGAGCCCAGAGGGCACUGACAGUAGAGACCUGGGUCUUAAACCUGACAAAGAAGCUAACAGGAGGCCAGAGCAGGGUUCUGAGGCUUGCAGCACAGGGUGCCAGGGGCCAGCAUCAGACGCUUCCUGGAAACCUCAGAAUGCAUUUUGUGGGGAUGAGAAAAAUAAAGAGGCACCGCAAGAUGGCUCUUCAAGACUUCCCAGCUGUGAAGUUUUGGGGGCAGGAAUGAAGAUGGACCAGCAAGCUGUCUGUGAGCUGUUGAAAGUGGAGAUGCCUACGAGACUGCCAGACCGGUCAGUGGCCUGGCCUUGCCCUGACAGACAUCUCCGGGAGAAACCUUCCUUAGAAAAGGUCACUUUCCAGAUUGGAAGCUUUGCAUCUCCAGAGUCUGACUUUGAAAGCCGCAUGAAAAAAAUGGAGGAACGGGUGAAGGCCUGUGGCCCCUCCUUGGAGGCCAGGGAGGCUGCUGAUGUGGCUCAGGACCUGCAGGUUUCUAGGAGCCCUUUCAAGCCUGGGUUUCAGGAGAAUGUCUGCUGUCCUCAGAAUCAGCCUUCAGAGGGGGAUGAAGGCGAGUCUGACAAAGGUUUUGCAGAGGACAGAGGCAGCAGAAAUGACACGGCAGCAGAUGCUGCCAGGCAGCUCAGCCACGGUGCUGACUUGGGAGCAGCCUCCCACGGUGCAGCAGGAACGGGAGGGAGGAGGCUGGAGGCUGCUAGAGGUUUGUAUGUGAAGGCUGCGGAAGGACCUCUGCUGGAGCCUGUUGCCCCCAGGUGUGUCCAGCGGGGCCCUGGCCUCGUGGCUGGUGCGAAUAUCCCCUGUGGGGAUGACAACAAGAAGGCCAACUUCAGGACUGAAGGAGACAUUCCCCGAAAUGAAAGCUCGGAUAGCGCCCUGGGAGACAGUGACGACGAAGCCUGCGCUUCAGCCAUGCUAGAUCUGGGUCACGGUGGUGACAGGACUGGAGGGUCCUUGGAAGUGGAGCUGCCUCUGCCAAGGUCUCAGAGCAUCAGCACCCAGAAUGUAAGGAACUUUGGCCGCUCACUUCUGGCGGGCUACUGCCCCACAUACAUGCCUGAUCUUGUGCUUCAUGGGACCGGCAGUGACGAGAAGCUGAAGCAGUGCCUGGUGGCCGACCUUGUCCACACAGUCCAUACAUAGCAACCGAGGCCCAGAUUGAGUUGCUGAGGUUCCACAGCUGGUAAGUGACGGUGGUUGUAUUCAAGCCCAAUCUGACUUCAGAGCCCUCGCUGUCAUCUUAUUGUUGCCCUUUGUUGAAUUAUCAGAACCACAGCUCUUGCGAUUCUCUAAACCUUGUAGACAAUUUCUUGCUCGUGGAAGUUUAAGUUAAGCAGAAGUCAUGUGUAUAUGAAUCAAGGCAGCAUAUUUUGUGUGUGCAGCAAUCUGACCUAAAACCUUGAAAUUGGAAUGUCCUAGGCGUUUAACACUCCCAGGAAACGGACCCAUCCUUAGAGGCUACAAAUUAACCAGGCUUAUCCUAUUGAUUCAACCAGCUGUAAUAGCAAAGAAAACGCAAUAAUCUUCUGAAGAUUUAUAAAACAAGGCAUUUCAUUUGUUAAUCUAUCUUGAAAAAUCUUCACAGGAAAGUGGUUUGGGUAAACAAGAUAUUGACAAGGUAGAAAUGAAUAAAUGAUUGUUUCUAACUUCUCAUAUGAGUGCAGCAAGGGGAAAAUGAUAAUGGCAUAUGGCCUCUACCUCCUUUCUCUCUGGAGACUGGCCGUCCACCCUAACAGUCGUCUGCAGCUCCUUACUCACCUCCCAUGUUCUUCUAUCCGAAAGUCCCUGUCAGAAGUUUCUGAGUUACCCAAUUAAGUUUCUGUGGGAGGCAUGUAACCUGCUGGCAGUGGUCUGGAGAGAGUGGCAGGAAGGUGCCGGGCUGGCAGCUCUGCAUUGAUACCCUGGCUGCCGUUGGACACUCAGUGUGGUAUGGGCACUCAGGAGGGUUAUGAUAGGGCAGUGCUUUUCUCAUCUGAUGGAGGAAGUACAAACAUAUUGCAGAUCCAUUCUGAUAGGAGAAUUUGAUAAAUUCUUUGGACAGGAAACUUAUUUCAAAAUUGAUUCUCCUUAGCUUGUGAGAAGAGGGUAAUUGAUGUAUGUCAGCAUCCAUAAGGUUUGUAAAGUUUCUCAAACAGGCAUUUUAAGUGGAAUGACUAUAUUUAAUAUUAGUAUUUCUCUCAGAUUUUCAUUUGGAACUCUGAAAUGAGGACCUGAUUAAUCUGAGACAAUAAUGGUUUGCAGGAGAACUUUUUAAAAAGGUAACUAUACAAUGUGGGCUUUUUGGUUUGUUUUUCUAGAGAUAUUUAGUCAAGGUAACAAAACUCUUUGGGAAAAAAGAUGUUAGCAUUAAGAAGAGAAAUUUUGCCAAGUAAUCUUACUAAACUGACAGGUAUCCAUAUUGUAUCUCCCUUUUCCUUAAGGUGUAUGGGAGGCCAAAGUGAGGCUCACCAUGGUUAAGUUGUCAGCGUUGGGGUACAGGCACGCCCCACCUUCCUAUUCCUUUUCUUUAGUUCCCAUGCCCAAACUCCAAGUCCUAAGAAGUGAGCAGAUAGUGGAUUAGGCUUUUCAUAGGUGUUUACAUCAAUCUUAGGUUCGUAUUUUUUAGAGUACAUAAUUUCUUAAAAGUACUGCUACAUGUAUGUUACUGCAAAUAAGUGUAUGUAUGAAACCUGCUAUGCAUGUGAACUUGAUAAAAUUGUGAACUUAAACUUACUUGACAGAUUUCAGUAUUUACUAACUUCUACUAUUAAGGUAUGGCUAGUAAGAAAUAGUAUUAUAAAGAAGCAUACAUAUAAUUCAGUGUUUGUUUAUUGUGGUUCUAUAGAUGCCUAAAAAAUAGUCUUCCCAGCCAGGCACGGUGGCUCACGCCUGUAAUCCCAGCACUCUGGGAGGCCAAGGUGGGUGGAUCACUUGAGGUCAAGAGUUCGAGACCAGCCUGGCCAACAUGGUGAAACCCCGUCUCUACUAAAAAUACAAAAAAUUAGUUGGGUGUGGUGGUGGGCACCUGUAAUCCCAGCUACCCGGGAGGAUGAGGCAGGAGAAUUGCUUGAGCUUGGGAGGUGGAGGUUGUAGUGAGCUGAGAAUGCACUACUGCACUCCAGCCUGGGCGACAAAGCGAGACUGUGUCUCAAAGAAAAAAAAAAAAAAACCUCAAGAGGAAUGUUAAAUUGAAUUUCAGGGCAUAAGGUGUGUGCAUGUAUGUAUUUCUGUGACAAAUCCAAACGUAGUUUUCUAUAUCUUAGAGUUCUUUAAAUUCUGAAAACUUAGAGAUUGACUGAUAAGCCAGAUCAUAAUAUGUUUACACUGCCCACUCUCUAAUGGGGUUGAGUUUCCUUUGGAAAGAUAUCAGAAAUCUCCAGUCACCAGAACUUCAGCUUCAACUCUCUGACCCUGUGCAAGUUCAAGCCAGAUCAGGGAUGGCCAGCAGUGGCCCCAGUGGCCCUUGAAUUGUAACUAAAAGUAGUUGAUGAUAUUUUUGUCUCUUUCCAGCAUUCAUUUCUUUUUCUUGAAUAUUUAGACUUCCCUCUAGUUUGUUCUUCUUUUAAAGGGUGUUUAUUCUUUAGUAAAUAAGUAAGUAGCUACUAAGUGAUAUAGUUAGAUGGAGGCAAUUGGAUUGAUUCAGGAAAUUGUGUGUUAUGUAUUUAGUAGCCUGAGAACGUGUAAUUCUUGGAGUUUUUUCUCUUUUGAAAAGGUUCUGCUGGUUCUUUUCUGUUCCUGGGGCCUGCAUGCAUAAAAGUCAGCAAUCCAUGCUGUAAGGAACACGAGAUGCUCAUCGACUCUUGUCAUUUGCUUGUGCUUAAUCUGUCUCAUUUUCAUUCAGCAAGUAACAUUUUUCAAAUGCCAGCUCCUGUGCUAGAGGCUAAGGAUGCAGAGAGAAGAUUCAGCCCCACCUUCAAGGAAUGGACUCCUGCAAAUUCCUGUCAGUUUGUCUCAAUCUUUGGACUCAUUGUUCUUUCGUCUUUACUCAGGUCUCUACCUCAGAUUCUGCCUCUUUGCUCCAGUAAUUUAAAAAUGACUUCUGAGCCUAUAAUCCCAGCGUUUUCAGAGGUCAAGGCAGGCAGAUCACUUGAGGCCAGGAGUUAGAGACCAGCCUGGCCAACACAGCAAAACCCUGUCUCUUCUAAAAGUACAAAAAUUAGCUGGGUAUGGUGGUACACACCUGUAUUCCAGCUACCCAGGAGACAUGAGAAUCGCUUGAAUGCAGGAGCCAGGUGUUGCAGUGAGCUGAGAUUGCACCACUUCACUCCUGGGCAACAGAACAAGACUGUCUCAAAAAAAAAAAAAAAAAAAAAAAAACUUUGGAGGCCAAAUGUAGUGGCUCACACCUAUAAUCCCAGUUCUUUGGGAGGCAGAGGUGGGAGGAGCACUUGAGGCCAGGAGUUUGAGACCAGCCUGAGCAACAUAGCAAGACCCCAUCUCUACAAAAACACUUUUUUUAAUUAGCCAGGUAUGGUGGCACAUGUCUGUAGUCCAGCUACUUGGGAGGCUGAGGCAGGAGGAUCACUUGAGCUCGGGAGCUUGAGGUUACUGUGAACUGUGAUCAGACUUCUGCACUCCAGCCUGGGCAAAAGCAAGACCCUGUCUCUAAAAAAUAAAUAAAUACAAAGACUUGUGCUGAUUUUUCAUGUUAGUAUUUUUUAGUUUUACAUUUCUCUUGCAUGCUUACUUUUAAAAUAAUUGAGCCAACCUCUGUGUCCCUUUUUGUUAUUGCAUGUAAAUCUACAGCCUUCUGAUAAAACCUAGGCUUGCAGAAUCUUCCAUCUGUCACCUUCCUAGUAUGCCUCUUGGCCCUUAUUCCAGCAGUUAGUUGCUUAAAAUAAAGCCUUUUGUGUUGGUAGUGGUACUAUAUAACUUACAGUCUAUGCACUGUUGGGGAUUGACACACUCUUCCCUUCCCUACCACUGCAGUGGGAAGAUCAUUUAGAAGACUAAGUUCGAUUUGAACCUAGGGCCCAAAUUACCUACUGCAAAUCAAUCCUCUUCCUCCCUUUGCCCCUUGCAAAAGCUAGAAUUCACUGUGAAAGGUGACAGGCAUACGUUCAACUCAUUGUCUCUAUGUUGACAUAUGGUCAGUAUGAGGGAAAGGUCCCUAAUAUAGAUCUGUCCUGUGGCAUGACCAGCAUGUUGUGGAUUUCUGACAAAUGCAAAGCAGUGAAGGAGUUUGAGCUCAAAAUACAAAUAUUUUAAGUGUUCAAAUUUCCUUUUU